AUGGAUGAAGAGAUGAAGGCAUUGCAGAAAAAUAAUACAUGGGAAGUAGUGGAGUUGCCGAAAGGGAAGAAGCCAAGGAACGGUAAAGUAACAGCUUUAAUUAUUUAUGUGGAUGAUAUGAUAAUAAUAAGGGAUGAUUCAGAUGAGAUUGUCAAACUGGAAAAGAACCUUGCGGCCGAGUUUGAGAUGAAGAGUUUGGAUGACUUAAAGUAUUUUCUAGGAGUUGAGGUUGCUCGUUCGUCAAAAGGUAUUUUCAUGUCUCAAAGGAAGUAUGUUCUUGAUUUGUUAAAGGAAACAGGUAUGCUUGGGUGUAAACCUGUGGAUACGCCUGUUAUCGAGAAACAUCACUUUGGGAUUUAUCCGGAUCAAGAACUAGUGGAUAAAGGCAGAUAUCAGAGGCUGUUGGCCAUAGGGAAAGGAAUCUUGUAUAAAAAUUUUGGUCAUCUAAAAAUUGAAGGGUUCACUGAUGCUGAUUGGGCAGGUGAUGUGACUGAUAGGCGGUCUACGGUCUACUUCUGGAUAUUUUACGUUUGUUGGUGGAAAUUUGGUUACUCAAAGAAGCAAGAAACAAAAUGUGGUGUCUAG